AUGUCACUAAGUGUACAGGGUCUUGCCAACGAUGCCCCAAGACACAUCUCUGAAAACAUCAACAAGUUGAUAAAGAUCAUUGAACGACUUGGAAAGAUGGUUGAUGAGAUACCACCAAGAGAGAAGAGGACAAGGUUUGGCAAUGAGUCAUUCGCAGAUUGGUUCGAUCAAUGUGAGAAGGAGUCGACAUCAUUGAUCAAUGGUCUAUUAUCAAGUAAUGACGCCAACGACAACAACAAUAACGAUGAAUUAUCCAAAGAGAUGGCAGUAUACUUGAACAAUAGCUUUGGAGAUAGGACACGUAUAGACUAUGGCAGUGGACACGAGUUGAACUUUAUAUGCUUCCUAUACUGUCUGUGUAGAGUCGGCUACUUUACUCGCGAGGACUACACGGCACUGGUACUCAACGUCUUUUAUGGCUACAUUGGAUUGAUGCGCAAGCUUCAAGCCACCUACUGGUUGGAGCCAGCGGGUUCGCACGGUGUCUGGGGCCUGGACGACUACCACUUCUUGCCCUUCCUAUUUGGUUCUUCGCAGUUGAUCGAACAUCAGUACAUCCGACCAAAGUCAAUCCGUAGCGCCGAGGUGGUCAGCUCGUUCGCCGACAAAUACAUGUACCUGCAAUGUAUAUCGUUCAUUCUGCAGGUAAAGACCGGCUCGCUGAUGGAACACUCGCCCAUGCUGGUGGACAUUAGUGGCGUGCGCAACUGGUCCAAGGUCAACGAGGGCAUGAUCAAGAUGUACAAGUCCGAGCUCAUGUCCAAGCUGCCAGUGAUGCAGCACUUCUUCUUUGGCUCACUGAUCGAGUUUAAAGAUGACCCGAAUGUUGUGGACGACGGGGCGCCCGAGGCCAGAGUGCUCAAAGUGCACUCGUUCUCAUGUUGCGGCUGCACUGACAAGGUUCCAUCGAUGUUUGCCGCUGCGCCAUCAGCGACCAAGUCGAAUCUGACUUCAUCGUCAUCAACAUCUGCAGAUGUAUGUGAAGACACCAGCCAUCACCAUCACCCAUCUGAUGGCACUCAUCUGCAUACAGAGCACAACACCAAUGUCCAAAAAACAAUCUUCCCAUUGGAUUAG